AUGUUUAGAUUGCUAGCUUCUAGCGGUCAAGUUAGCUUGAGACCGGUGCUCUUGCAGCAUGUAAGGAACAACAAACAUGGUUUGGGGUUUCCAAAUGCUUCUGGAGUACCACAAUCUCCAUCUUCGAUGACUUCACUGUCGAUUGUUUCUCCUUCUCAAUUUACUAGAUCCAACCUGAGUGCUGCUGGUCUUUCUGAAAGCCCGGCAUCGUCUGUCGACUCGAAAAUUGAAAACUUUUUAUCCAAAUCAGCCAAAGAUCCACUUGUUCGUGAAGCAUUGGACGCGGAAACGAAAAAUAAACUCAAUUACUUCAAAGAACAAAUCGACUUGGCCCACCGUUACCGGUCUAUUCAUGAUCACGACAGCGAGAGAGCCUUUGCUUCUACCUUGGACAACCUCUCGCGUGCUUUGGAAGACGAGUCAUUGAGAGAUACGUUUGUCUCCAGAGACUUGUUUCUGUAUGCUCAAGUUCUCAAUUCUGGAGUAUAUAACAACCGUACCAACCGUCUUUCUGGCGCCAAAAACAGAGACAGUGACCAGUAUCAAAACCAGAACCUCCACGAUGAAGUGCUUUUGAAGCAGGCCGUGCUUCAUUUGGGCGAACUCAUCACCAAUGGUGAAUUCAAGGCCAUCUUAAACGCUCCAACUUUACUGUUUUUAUUUUAUCUGAUGAAACAGUUCCAGCUCUAUCCAGAAAUGAUCCACCUUUGGGAAAAUGGUGUCAAUGACCAGCAAACCGGCCAGGUGUACUUGGAUGAAAAGAUCUUGGCGGUCAUCUUACCGGUGACAUUUGAACAGAAUAGAUUCACCUACGAGGAAAUUCUCCACAUUUACGAGCUCAACACUGAAAAACUCGAUAAAGUGGGACAUGAGCUUCUCACUUCAAUGGGAAAAAUAGCCAUUGCCGCAGGCGAUUACUCGCGCGGAUUGGAUUCGUUGGAAUCGAUAUUGCAAUUGUACGAAAAAGCUCAACAGCUGCACUACAAAAACAAAAUAUUGGCAUCUCUCAGUGACUUGCAUUUGAGUUUUAUUGGUACCUGUAAGGAUAUCAAGAUCUCUAAGCACUUUUUUGACAAGGUUGUCCACUACGAUUUACCCUACCGAGUGAAGCUUAAGGUGCCUCAUAUUCAAUCAUUGCUUGAAAAUUGUUACGAACAAAAUGAACCAAUGGACAACAUCCUUUACUUCUGGAGAGCAAGUAUCGCCCAUUACAACACUGAACAACAGCUAGUGUUGAACUCUCGUUAUGCGAUUUUGAACAAUGCAUUGUUCACCAUCUUUUUCAAAAAAUACCCCGAAUUAAACGAGGAAUCGUUUAGUAAACUUCGUGAAAUCAUUGCCAUGUACGCAGAGAGCAAGCCUAUUGAUGAAGUAUUCCUCAAUACCAUCAUCGGUAACUACUCAUGGGAUAGCAAGGAAGUAUUAGAGCAGAUUAUCGAAAACUACGAUGUCUACAAUGUCAAGAGGACCCCCGUUUCUUACAGAGUUUGCUUAAAGAAAACUGGCCUGUUAGAAAGCUAUUCCAACGAGGAAAUUUUACAAAAGUGGAAUGCUUCGCUUAAACAUCUUGAUGAGAACAAGUUCACAUAUAUCCCAGUCGCCGACUGGGCGGCCUUGCGAGAUGCGACUAUUUUAUCACACUUCAAGGAUGCUCGUAAAGAGUUCUACUUGUCUGUAUUGGAUAAGUACAAGGAUUACAUCCAGGACCACCGUUCAUGCAUUCGGUUUGUGAGAUACUGGAUCAAAAGAAAAGAUGUUGCUGCAGAUAUUGCCAGAGUUGCCCUGCCAGAGCCACAAACAUUUGAUUGUGACAUUGAGAUACAAGUUCCUCAGUUCCGUCACUUACGAAAGAACAUUAACUACGUGAAGGAGGUGCAAAACAUGAGAUUUAGUGGUUAA